UUAUUUUGAAGGAGUAGUCAGCGGAAAUGCUCUGACUGUUCCAGGCGGGUGUGUUUGACGGUGUGGACGCAGUCCGCUGAUGUCGGUUCGGUAAUGCAGGAGUAGACCCACUAUCACGGUCGGGAGCAGUACGAACAGCUGCUGAAGGCACCACCGGGACCGCUGAGGAAAGAUGGCCGCCCCUGCUCUCUCCAGCCGGGCCAGCUCGGCGGGCAGCCUAGGGAACAGCCCCACCAUGGCCGCCAGCAGGUUGCCUCACGGUGGCGGGGGCGUCGGGCCCGAGCUCGACUUUAGAUCGGCGGCCCGCAUGGAGGACCUGAACCGGCUCAUCCAGGAGUUCAGCAAGCACGACCAGCGGGAAUACGAUGACCAACGGGCCCUGGAGAUCCACACUGCCAAGGACUUCAUCUUCUCCAUGCUGGGAAUGGUCCAGAAGUUGGACCAGAAGCUCCCGGUGGCCAACGAGUACCUCCUGCUGUCGGGCGGCGUUCGAGAGGGCGUGGUGGACAUGGACCUGGACGAGCUGAGCGUGUACGCCCGGGGCACAGACUACGACAUGGAUUUCACGCUGCUGGUGCCUGCGCUGAAACUGCACGACCGCAACCAGCCGGUGACCCUGGACAUGCGUCACUCAGCUCUGGGCCACUCGUGGCUCAGCCUGCGCCUCUUCGACGAGGGAACCAUCAACAAGUGGAAGGACUGCUGCACCAUCGUGGACCACAUCAACGGGACCACCAACUACUUCUUCUCGCCCACCCUCGUGGCGGACUGGUUCUACCAGUCCAUCUCGCUGGUGCUGCUGGAGGUGCAGAAGAAGCCCCAGAGGGGCAUUCCCAGGGUGGAGAAGGUGGAGAGGAACGGGACGGUCAUCUCGGUCAUCCUGGGCGUGGGAAGCAGCCGCAUGCUGUACGACAUCGUCCCCGUGGUGUCGUUCAAAGGGUGGCCGGCUGUGGCGCAGAGCUGGCUGAUGGAGAACCACUUUUGGGACGGCAAGAUCACCGAGGAGGAGGUGAUCAGCGGCUUCUACCUGGUGCCCACGUGCUCCCAUAAAGGCCGCAAGGAGAACGAGUGGCGCCUGUCGUUCGCCCGCAGCGAGGUGCAGCUGAAGAAGUGCAUUUCGUCCAGCCUGAUGCAGGCCUACCAGGCGUGCAAAGCCAUCAUCAUCAAGCUGCUGUCGCGGCCCAAAGCCAUCAGCCCGUACCACCUGCGCAGCAUCAUGCUGUGGGCCUGCGACCGCCUCCCCGCCAACUACCUGUCGCAGGACGACUUCUCCGCCCACUUCCUUCUGGGCCUGGUCGACGACCUGCAGCACUGCCUGGUCAACAAGACGUGUCCCAACUACUUCAUCCCGCAGUGCAACAUGCUGGAGCACCUGUCGGACGAGACGGCCAUGCUGCACGCUCGCAAGCUCUCCUCCGUGCGCUCCGACCCGGCCGAGCACCUGCGCACCACCAUCGAGCACGCCAAGGCCGCCAACAGGCUGACGGUGGAGCUGCAGUGGCGAGGGAGCACCAACAACCUGCCAUCGCCACAGUCUGACUCCGGCGGCGAGAACCAGCCGGACGACCGCCUGGCCAAGAAGCUCCAGCAGCUGGUCACGGAGAACCCCGGGAAGUCCAUUUCCGUCUUCAUCAACCCGGACGACGUCACACGGCCGCACUUUCGCAUCGACGACAAGUUUUUCUGAAGCGGACCCUCCUCGUCAGAUCCUUUCCUCCAGUCACCCGCCACCGCCCAAACUAUAUUUUGUACAUUUUUUAUGUUCCUCCACCACAGUGUCAAGUCAGGUGAUCGUCAAGUCGUGUUUUCCACGAGGGUUCAUUUUCUAGCGUCCUUAUUUUUCUACUUCACCCCCUCCCUCGUCCUUCAAUGUAUUUCUACGUGCUGGAGACCUUGACACGGACAUCCGGAAAGGAACCUCGUUCUCGCAACAAUCAGGAAUGUUGGGGAGGGGGGGAGAGAGGAACUUUUCAAAUGAAUUCAAAGGAUCUGGUUAAUGGUCACUCAUCAAGACAACGUCACUAGGAGGACGCUGUCACUCGCACUCGCAACAACACGUGAACUUUUCUUACAUAGUACUUCACAAUGCGCAACUACGAACACUUCAAAGAAUGUACUUCAUUUCCAGCUGAAAUUUGUCCUUAUGCUCUUCUAGCUGUAAAAAUAUCAAAGGCCGUGUCUCAAAUGGAAUACUUCCGUCAGUACACUUUAGAGGUCCUUGGUCUAUGUGCAAAGACCAUGUAGGUCAACACCUAAAUCAUUCAAAAUGUAGACAGAACAGCAAUACAGUAAUACAACUAGAAAAGUACAUAAAUCGUAAAAAAGUCCUGAAUCCAGAUGGCGAUCCGGAUCACCCUCAAAAUGUAAUCACUUCUUCUGUGUUUUAUAUUGAACAUUUCCGGAAAAUUUGGUGGAAAUCCGUCCUGUUAGUUUUCAAGCUAUCUGCAGCGGAAUAGAAGAAACAGAGUGAAGUUUUUGACAUUCAUCAACUCUUUUUGUCUCUAUGGGUGGAGGUGGGGCCGUAACCAUAUACAGAUCCUUAUCAGCCCCAAAGAGUAAUCACUUUGUCGCAUUUUUGACAAUUCCUGAAAGCUUGCUGAAAGUCCACCCAAAACCUUUUCUGUUAGCAAUAGCGGAACGAAAGAAAUGGAGUGAACACUCUUGUCAGUCAACCACUAUCUUUGGCCUUGUUCGCACCGCGGGGCAAUUUUUUUAUUUUUUUGCCCCUAUGUGACUUGUAUCGGAUUUUUCUGAAUGAAUGCUUUGACUGCGUACAUCCGGCCAACACGUCAUCACACAGACUAACGUUGUAUUUCUUCGCUAGAAUAAAUAGUUUACAAAUGAUCAGAAAACACAAAUUAAUGUUUUAGGAACUGUCGUCAAUGUUCCACCAGUCCUGCCUACGACUGCUCGCCCACACGCUCUUCGGCAGAGACGUCCAAGCAAAUUAUCCCGCAAACUGCGAGAGCCAAAAUGAUUGCCCUCUUCCUCCUCAAUGAUUUGAUACGGAAAAUGAAUCUUGACCUUGAUUGCACAAAAUACUUGAAAUUGCCAGAAAUGCGCCAGGACUGAGACCGACGAGAAUCGCAGCCAUGGUUACCCCCGUAAACACAACAGCACGUGUGACAUCAUGUCUGCAUGCGGGUCAGACUGCGUUCACAUUAGACAUCGCUUUUUUUUCUAAUGUGAACGAUUACAUCAAAAAAUCGGAUUUAACAAAAAAAAAAAUCAGAUUUGGACAUCGUAGGCUGCGGUAGCCUAAGUCUCUGUGGGUGGAGGUGGGGUGGCGCUAGCGUACACGCACAGAAGAUGAAGCUCGUAACGUAGAAGUUAUCUGGAUAAGACCCAGAAUGUAAUCACUUGUCUUUUAACUCAUUGCUGAUAUUUCCUGAAAGUUAAAUUGAAAUCAGACCGUAACUUUUUGAACUACUUGCAGCGGAAUGAAAGAAGAGCGAUAACUACUGUCUCUGUUGCACCGCUCGCAUACACAACCACAUAAACGUAAACAUAAAGUAACCUAGUUGAAAUUAUCCCGAUCAGGCCUGAAAUGUAAUCAGUUGUUCCUUAUCCGUUUUUCGACAUUUCCAGAAAGUUUCAUGAAAAAGAUAUUUGCUAGUUUCCGCUACUUUUUUCCCCAGGCUAUGUAUGACCCCUGCGGCCUACACAAAGGUGCGGCUAAUUUGUGGAUUAUUCUUUGCUAACCUGUAGUUGACUAAGCAAAGGAAUCAAACGGUGUACUAAAAUGAGCCACUUGAAGAAACGUCAAGCGCAAAGUGUUUAAAAAGUACAAGGAAGAUAAAAACAUCUUGAACUUUAUUAAAACUUUGAACAUAUUUUUCAACUUUUUUACUGCUGUGUUACAGGCACCGUUUGGAAACAAUUAAGGUACUAAAUUGAUGUAAAUAAAUAUUGUAUCGAUAUACAGUAUAUAUGCGGUCUGGCUAAUAUAUGGAAAAAUAUUAGUUUUUCUCUAAAGUUUAGGGGGUGCAUCUUAUAUACCGGUGCGGCUUAUAGUCCGGAAAAUACGUUAACAGACAGACAAACCAGCAGCAACGAUUACAUAACACGGAGAACAACUUGUUACUUUAUCCCUGUGGGUGUCUUGCUCACUCAAAGUGAGGGCAAGACAGGUCAGUAACAAGACCAGGAGGCUGCUUAGUGGUCACUGUCCAUUUCACAGGAGCAGAUCAUUUCACAAGUUCUCAGUUACCAUUUCUAUCCUAAAUGACAAUGGCGGCAUUUGAGCAGCCCUAAUGGAUCUGUGUUUGUCCACUCUAUUCGACAAGGUCUAAUUGCAAUUCACUUUUGCUGUGAUUUUCUUUGACGCACUGCCAUCAGAAAAGGUUUUCACGCUUGGGAAAUGUAGCGAAAAUGGGGGAAAAAGAACUAAAACAAACAAAAGUCCUCCUUUGACUGCGUUUGUGUUCAGUUUUAACACACUCAGAAGUGUAAGUAAGGAAGGGUGCCAGUUGAGACGCGGCCAUAAGGGGAAAAAUGCUCACCAGGCAUUAUCACAAUUGUGUCAUAAUUUUUGUGGAAGGAAAGUGAAAGAUUGUUUUGAGCAACAAUGCCUGUGUGAGAUGGUACUUUUUUGAUAGAGGUGUGAAUCUUUGGGCACCUAACGCUUUGAUCCGAUUCCGAAUCCAUUCUCAUUUUAACAAGAUUCUCGAUUCAAACCGAUUCUCUCAAUGUUAUAUUUGGUAUGAUAAUUAUGAUGAAACAUUUUUAAUUGAUUCCUGAGAAGAAAUUAAAAUUAUAUAUAUAUAUAUAUAU